AGCGGGACGGGUGGCGCGGAGGGGAGCUGCCGGGCGGCGCGGGGGGACGGCCCCUGGGGAGCCCCCGGCCUAUGGCCUUUAUCAUGAUGAAGAAGAAGAAGUUCAAGUUCCGCGUGGAGCUGGAGUUGGACGAGCUUUCCUCCGUGCCCUUCGUCAACGGCAUCCUCUUCUGUAAGGUGCGGCUGCUGGACGGGGGCAGCUUCAGCGCAGAGUCCUCCCGGGAGAUAGUACAAGCAAACUGUGUCCGCUGGAAGAAAAGGUUCCUAUUUAUGUGUAAAAUCAGUGCCAGUGCCACAACGGGGAUUCUGGAUACUUGCAUUUGCCGGGUGUCUGUACGGAAGGAGUUAAAAGGAGGAAAGACGUAUGCAAAGCUGGGAUUUGCAGAUCUAAAUCUAGCGGAGUUUGCUGGAUCGGGAAAUACCACUCGUCGCUGUUUACUGGAAGGUUAUGAUACCAAAAAUACAAGACAGGAUAAUUCCAUUCUCAAAGUUUUGAUCAACAUGCAGCUUAUGUCUGGAGACCCAUGCUUUAAAAUGCCUCCUUCCACAGCAAUGUCUAUAGCAAUUGCUGGAGAACCAGAAUCUUUGCAUGAAGACAGGAAAGGUGGAGAACACUUAAAAGUACUACAUCUGGGCAUAGCAGAUUGCUCAUCAAAGAGUGCCUCAAUCCCAAAUGAACAUGGUGCAUGUGGACAUUCCAGAACAUCAAGCUAUGCAAGUCAGCAGUCAAAACUGUCAGGAUAUAGCACAUGCCACUCUAGAUCAUCCAGUCUGUCUGAACUCUGCCACAGGAGGAACACCUCAGGGGAUAGUACCUCAACAGGAAUUGGAAGUAUUCUAGAGCCAUGUGAAGAGACUGAGCCAAAAGUAACUGAAGCUAGUAUAGACACAUCUAUUAAAGAUACACCAUCAGAAAAACUCUGCAGACAUCCUGUAAAGCAAGACUCUGUGGAGUCACAGCUGAAGCGGGUUGAUGCCACCAGAGUUGAUGCUGAUGAUGUAGUUGAAAAAAUACUCCAGAGUCAAGACUUCAGUUUAGACUCAAGUGCAGAAGAAGAAGGUUUAAGAUUAUUUGUGGGCCCUGGUGGAAGCACUUCUUUUGGAAGCCAUCAUCUCACUAACAGAGUAGGAUCUGGAGCAUAUGAGCAGGUUGUGAUAAAACGCUAGACUGGAAUGACUAGAGAAAAACUUGCUGCCCUGACAUUGAUACUUCUGUUUCGGUUUGUUCUGCUGCAAGACUUGUGAAAGCCAGAAAGAACUCAAUGAGACUUUUUUUUGAAAAGUAGUUGUCUCUUGCUGCUCACAGAGCUUCGUUUUUUGUGGUAUGAAGGUAAUGCUUAGCUACAUACACUUGGGCUAUUUUUGUGAGCUCUCUCUGAUGUUAAUGGAAGUUUUUAUUUUUUAAGUUGUGUGAAACAUUUAUGAAAGCAUAAUUGAGUCCCAUUUCAGUACUUUAUACAGAAGAUCACUUGCAGUGAUGUACUUUGUAAAUUCUUUCCUAAAGAAGGUUCUAAAAGUUGGUCUGAAAUGAAGAAAUUAAUUACUCAUUUUGAUCCUACCUGCCACUGCAGUCUUACAGAAGCUAAUUACUUCUAUCAAGUCAAAAUUAUUUCAAGUCAUAAUUAAGGCCUCCACAAAACAACCCAGCUAUAUUUUACAUAACAAGAACCCUCUUAUAAGAGUACCAAGUAUAACUUCAUUGAAACCUUGGAUAGUAGAGGUGAACUUUGCAUGCAU